AAUGGGGCCAGAACAACAAAAACUCUGUACUGAAGCGCGUAACAAAGUAAACAAAAUAAAACACUUAAAGAAAAGGUCAAAGAGAAAAUGUUGGGAAGUGACGAAAAUUAAUUAUUAUUUCCUGUGCUAACUGCACUUGUGCAGUUUAUUACUGUAAAGUGUAAACCUUCUGUAUGUCACUCUCUACCGCAGUCGGCAGUUUGAAACUUUAAGUUGUUCGGCGAGAUUCAGGCACAGAAGACGAAGAGCAACAGUUGGUUUGGAUUUUGGGUUACUUAACAUUGACGGGUCUGAGGUGAUAUUGGUUUUUGGUGGGUGCGUUAUCCGAGUGCUAAACUUGUUCUGCGUUCCACAGUCUCACACGCCUCGCACUUUAGCGUUUCUUACUGUUAUUACUUCGGUUCGUAUAAGCUCCAUUACCAUGAUAAUGUUGUGGCUGUUCAUAGUUUCCAGUUGUCUGUCGACCGCAUCGGCGGCCGAGAUCGUCGCACGGCGAUCCAUCGCGGACCGUUCGUCUGAGAUUAGCUUCCGUCUGAGUGCCGCCUAUCGCGUUCCUUUCAGGCAAGACCCCGGCCAGCUGGAUGCCAACCAGACGGUGGACUUUACGGCCCAGCUGUUGGGAAGUCAUCCUAAUCUGACUUGUCAAGUUGCUACUCCGUCACGGGUGCUUCUCUAUUGGGAGAGGAAUAAUGAGCGGGUGCUUGACGAUAUCAGCGGAAGACUUCGUCUUAUAAGAAGCCGACAGAGCGUCGCAUCGGAUGGGGCGAGCGGCCGGACUGACGAGUAUUCCACAACCCUGGACAUCUUCGAUCUGCAGCCGGAAGAUGCGGGAACAUAUCGCUGCGUUGUGCAGUUCAUUCCUUCCCGAUUUGAUCGUCCAGUUGUCCGCAGUGUGCCGGUGCAUUUGCAAGUGGCCCAGCCUCGUUCCAACACUGAGCCGUUGAAUUUACGGAUUGUACCCAGCCGCUGUACUGCAGGCCGUGUGCAAGUUCUCUGGGAUCCUCCAACAGACGCCAGCCGGCUCACAAUUGCCUAUAUUGCGUUCCUCAAGGGCGUGGAUGUUUUUGUUAAUUGCCGCUCACAGAUGAAAAUCGUCCCUGUUUCGAAGCCCCGUCAAUGGACAGUUUCAGACUUGAAACCAGGGACGCGAUAUGCAAUCGACAUUGUGGCCAUUGAUAACGGUACAAUGGGAAAGCACGCCAAUAAAACAUUUACAACCCUUGGUGCGGAUGUAGUUGUCGACAAUGAUGAGACAUGCAAAGAUGAUCUGCUUCAUAUUUCGGGGGAGGCAGGUAAUGACCUUUCUCAAAGGACGUCCACGGAAAUGGAUGAGAGGCUGAUGACGAUCAGAGAUUUCAUAAACACAGAACGGCGAAAGGCUAAACAAAAGCUUCUCAUACGUCAAUAUGGCAAAGAUAGAGUCGCCAGUGGACAGAUUCCUUGCAAAUAGUUGGGUCAUUACAGGAAGGUUACCAAUGCGCCGGUCUGUAAUAACCCUGAACUUAUGUACAACUUACCAGUUAAUGCGCGAUAGUUGUCGAUAUACAAAUGCUUUGCUAUGCUUGUGUUUGGAAUACGUGUUGUGCCGACAUUUCGUUUGCGUUGUGCUUUUCCGCGCAUUUUUUAUGAAAGUGUUAAUCAAGUCAUGCACGAUGUUUCCGGCGCAUGUUUAAAGUUGGUUUCUUUUAGUUAUUGUUAAUUCUUGGGCAGUUGAAAAAAAUUUUGUCCUGAUGUGGUUCA